UUUACAAUAAAAUAUUAUGUUAAAAACGUAUCGAAAAGUUAUCGAUAAGACUUUGGCGAUCAAAAGUAAUUCAACCAAAUCGCAAAAUUUCUUCUCACUGCAGAAUGUAGCAAAAUCUUCUUUGUUAUCAAGUAACAAUCUUUAAAAAAGAAAUAAGCCAAGCAAAUGUUCUCGAAUUAAUAAAAUAUGUGAAAAUAUUUGUAAAAUGGUGUUAGUAGUUUGGCAUAAUUAUAUUUAACUUAUGUUUAAGUUGAAGCUGUGCUUCAAAAAUCUAAUUACGAAAGUGCUGCUAAAAAUUGGCCAACUACGUUGAAAUGUUUAUGUUUUGAAGAGUAUACGUAUGUAUGUAUUAAAAAAUGAAAAUGGAUGUGAUUUGCAAUGAAAUUGGUGUAAACAUUCAACAUUUGUGUGAAACCCCUGUAUCUGGUCGUUAUCAAUUGAUAUGCGAUAAGCAAUGGUUACAAACGUUAGAACAGCGUCACAAAAUUGCUCCAUUUAAUGUAUGGCAUAAACUCGAUAGAAGAGCACAUCCAAGUGAUCCCUUAGACCAUCCAUGGACAAGAAUUUUAUUGCAAACUUACUUGAAGAAACCAAAUGUAAAAGUAUUCCCUCUGCAAUGGCAAUAUGGCGAUGGAAGCAUAGAAGCAGCUGUAGAGGCUGAAGGCAGCAAUCCGCUCACAUAUUCUCAAGCAUUGUGCUAUGUAACCAAUACAAAUUUCAAAAAUCUAUGGGAGGCUGCAUACAAACGUUAUCCGGGUGCCAACGUUAAGUAUGCCAAAUCAACAACACCAACCGGUAGAACAUUGAGCCCACCUUCAGCAUGCGCCCUAGUUUCUUACGAUGUGGUCUUGAAGGAACUGAUACAACGUGUAUACAAUUGUCCUGUCAUACAUUGCCAGUUAGACAGAUUAAGUGAAGAUCAAAAAUGCGAAAAUAUUAAUGGAGUUGGAGAGGACUCAAUUGAUCGUCAUGCGAAUAUAAUGCCAGCUCUUAUCACCAUAGAGACCUCAACUCACUUUUGCGUAUUAUUUUAUCCACCCGCCAUCGUUACAAGUCUCUACGAUUGCAUAACUUAUUCGCCGUCGAUAUUGGGGAAAUCUUACAACAAGUCGCUCUUUAUUAUCUAUCAAAUUAUACAGCUUUCAAAGGCACUACAAGCAGCUGGCCUAUUUUUGGGUGAGAUACGUCUACAUGAUAUAAUGGUGCGCGAAAAUCUCUGGAUACAAGUACUACCACGACUAGAGUCUUGCAUAUUGCGACCAAAUCUGGCUGAACGUGGUGCCACAUCACCCAGCGAAACUGCACACGGUGUUGAUGGCGACAAUUCCGUGGUUUUAGAAGAAAAUGAAAAUGGCAGUUAUGUUUAUGGUGGAAAUGAUGAAGAUGGCGAAGAUGACACUGCUGAUUGCUCUAGUAACACAAAAUUCGAUUUACAGUUUGCAUACGAUUUGGAUCAAUUUACAUUGCGUGAAUACUGUGAGAUGUGGUGCAAUGGUCAACUUUCUAAUUUUGAUUAUCUAACGAUAUUGAAUAACGCUGCCGGCCGUGGACUUAAUAAUCCGGCCUACCAUCACAUAAUGCCAUGGGUAACUGAUUUUACAGCACGCAAUGGCCUGAAUUGGCGUGAUUUAACCAAAAGCAAAUAUCGACUGAACAAAGGUGAUGUACAUUUAGAUUUAAUGUUUUCACAUGCCACCCAUCAAGGUGUAAAUGGUGUCGGAAGCACCGUAUCGGUAGGCGUAAGCAGUCAGGCACCUCAUCAUGUGUCGGAUUUCCUUUCGGAAAUCACAUAUUUUGUUUAUAUGGCACGUCGCACACCGCAAGAAGUGCUCUGCCAACACGUGCGUCCAAUUUGGGUGCCUGCUGAAUAUCCCGUAUCCAUACAGCGCUUGCAACAGUGGACUCCGGAUGAAUGUAUACCUGAGUUCUACUCCGAUCCAAUGAUUUUUAAGAGCAUUCACGAAGACUUGCCAGAUUUAGAUUUGCCUGCAUGGGCCUCAUGCCCUGAAGACUUCAUUGCAAAACAUCGGGAAGCUUUAGAAUCCCAGUACGUCAGUGAGAGGCUACAACACUGGAUUGAUCUCAAUUUUGGCUACAAAUUAUCCGGAAAGGCUGCUGUCAAAUCAAAGAAUGUAUGUUUGAGUUUGGUGGAUCAACAUAAAGAACUCUGCCAACGUGGUAUUGUGCAACUGUUUACCACACCACAUCCCGCCAAACGUUUCCCGUCACCGUGGUUCAAUAAAAUACCGCCACGCCUCAAUCAAUUGCUUGCUUCGCCGCGGUCUCCACGUUCCGGCAGCUCCACGCUGCGACCUAACGAGUCAAAACGUCUUGCUAAAAGCACAGAGAACCUUAAUGUUAGCGAAACAACCAGUUUUCCAACAGAGCUCACUGCAGCAACAACUUCGCUUCGUCGUUCAGGUGCUUCUUCAUCUUCGCCACGUAUGUCCUUGCGUGCUAAUAACACUGCUAGCGAUAUGUCAAAUUCAAAUUUCUAUCCCAGCACCAAUUUUAUUGACUUGCCAAAAGAUUAUAAUCCAUGUGCGCUACUCCAAUCUCUCGAAACAAUGGAAACAUUCUUCGCACGCACUUUUCCAAAACAAAAGCCAGCAUCAAACACUUUGGAAAAGAUUUUUCACAGUGAUAUGUUGUUUGAUGCACACUCCUCAGAGAACUCAUUUACCAAUCGUCUCUUCCUAGAUGAUAAUCCGAAUGCCAGCAUACCGACCGUAACACAAAAUAAGCAUAAACCAAAAAGUCUAUUGGCGCCAAGCCCAACCUAUCUAAAAAAGCGUUCCAUGAAACAGCUGCUCACUGAGAACCGCGAACGUGAGCUUCAAGUGUUGGGUUGCCUAAUUGUAGAACUCUUUGCUAUGCCGCGUCUGCGCGCAAUGCUCAUGAACGGCGUGAACGCCACCACCGAGGAACGUCUGCAAGCGUGUCGUACUGUGGCUAGCUUACACCGUCAAGAUAUACCAAAGUGUCUACGUUACACCGUUGCACUGUUGCUGCAACCACAAGUCGCCGUUGUGCUCACCGACAAGGGACUGCCAGCGCCAACAUCCACUCAGCUGCUCGAACCAAUAUUCGCUAAUCAAUUGAUACCGUUUCCAUGUAAUUUCUACGCUACCUAUGCGCUUAUACGUGCUUUGCAUCAAUUCGAUUUGAACUCCUCGCUGCUGGAAUUGUGUACACACUUCAAUUGUAAUGGUCGUGAGUGCGCCAAAUACACCGACAUGGAUCGCCAGCGUGUGCUUUUCGAACGUAAAAUAGCCGAGUGCAAAGUGAUGUCAUGUUGCGCGUACAUCGGUCGUUUGUUGGAGCCCAUUGGCUAUGAGCAAUUCUCUCCAGUGGAAUUACUGCUGCCGCACAUCAUUGAUUUGCUUUUAGAUGAGCAGACAUCGAUAUUAACUGCAUGGAAUUUAUUCGAUCCAGUGGCACAAGCGCUCGGCAUUGUCAAUACACAAAAGUACCUGUUAUUGCCCAUAAUGAAAUUGUACGAUGUGGAGAGUUUUGAACGCGGCAUGAUUUCGGUGCGCACGCGCAGUGCGGAUGCAGGCAGUGCAACCGGUGGACAAGUGCGCUUUUCCAUGAGCAGUUCGUUCAAAUCGCGCAAAUCGGUUAAGCUUUACCAUCACAGCUUUUUAUUGCAUUUGAUUGUACGCUUCGGUUUGAAAUGUUUUCUACACAAUUUUAUUGCGCCACUAAUUGAGGCUGUUGGCGGUUACAAGGAACCGGAAGAUGGUAAUGGUUUCCACUAUCACAGCUCUACGAACAAUGGAGGUGGUGGUAGUCGUCGAACGAGUCGGAAUUUAAAUUAUGCCUCUACAGAAGAUGACAUUUCUUUGACGUUAAUGUCAACGGAGGGCGCGGACCAAAGUGUAGAUGAUACGACGCUGCAUGUUAAAGUACCGGCUACAAACACCUCGAAACAGGAAGUAGAAGACGUUUUCAGUUUUGAUGAUGAUGCCAACUCGGAUCACAUCUCAAAUUCGGGUACCAGUGAAAAUAAGUCGAUCGACUCUUUUGACAUGCGGCCGACACCUGCCGAAGAAGCUAAAGAAGAUUACAACCAAAGCGAAACAGCAUCAGAGAAAUUGGCAAUUUCAGAGAUUAUCUACGGUUCAAAAAUGUCAAACGCAUCAUUGGAGGACGCCGAUAAGGUCUCCUUGAACAGUCAAUGCGCAACUGAUUCACCCACCGCACAGCUUGGCGCCAAAUCGCCUACAAUUGAAAUACCUGCCAGCGCCAUUAGGCGCAGUUAUCAAUUAAACACCAUCGACUGUGACAUCGGCUCGCGCAAAAGUAUCGAUUCGUUUGAAAUUAUCACACAAGCCGUGGAAGAGGAGCAGAAACAAUUGAAAUCGCAACAAAUUGCCGCCGACAGAACACAACUGCACGCCGAAAACAAGGAGACGAAGACGGAGGAGGAAAGUGAAAUGCAAGCGCAAGUUGCAUUGGACUCACUGCAAGCUUCGGUAAUUUCGAAAAUGUCUGAAGCUAAAGCGGCGCAAAAUAAUCGCAUCUCCGAAAUGAGCGCUGGCAGCUUGACGUGGCUAGCACACCGUUUGGGACCCUCGCUUACUUCGCGUUAUAUAACACGCAAUCUACUCAAAAUGUUGUCGUUGUGUUAUGUUGGUCAAGAGAAUUUGCUACCCGAAACGCAUGAGCAAGCUGAGUUGCAAAAUUUGAAUUACUUUUCCAUGUCGGACGCGCAUGUUGUGGGCGAUCGUAGCGCAGCGCGUGUCUUGGAGUGUCUGAUGUCUAUAGCGGCACUGUUCGGCGAGGAAGUUAUACUCGUACAAUACUUUCCACAUAUAAGCGAACUGAUCGCUUUGGGCUCGAAGCGCAUAACACCCAGUCUCGAAGGCGCUAUUAUAAGCACACUACAAUUACUUAAAUAUCUGGUGCCUUGUCUGAUGGAUGCCACAAUAAUGGAACACUUAAAAGAAACAAUACUCAAAAAUAUGCUAUUGCCAAUUGUACGUAUACUGGGCUCUACGCGACUUCUAAUGCCCAGCGGCUAUUUGGGCCGUUCGGUAUUGGCACGUAAAUGGUUGGAUGCAGUUUAUACGCUCUGUGUGCGUAUCGGUCCCGAUAUGUCGAAAGAGCAUUUAUGCAUACCAACGCUUAGACCGUACUUCCUCAUUUUCGACAAGGCGUUUGGUAUACGUGAGCAAUUUGAAAAUCAAACUGUGAGCCAACUUUCGAUAUCUCCACCAAUUAAUUGCUUUGGAAAUGAUGAUGGCGCAAAUUCCAGACGUGAGCGUGAAGAGAUACGUGAUGUGUUUAGUCCGGCGCUUGCACACAUUUCAUAUUUGUCCUUCUUGCGUUUCUUGGGCGAGGCCAUUAUGCAACGUACCAUUUGUAAUUUGGAGUUUAUCUUGACACUUUGCCAUGAAUUUGAGCAACCCGACUAUAAAUCGCAAAUGACAAAUGACAUGUCGAACAAUGAUACGGUGGACAGUCCAUCGAAGAGUAGAGAUAAUUUAACGGAACCAGAGCUGCUGGUGGCCAAUAGUUUUGGUACAAACGUCAUUGGUAAUCGCCUUGAGGUGGUCAGUGGUGGCGCGGCAAAUCAAUCGCAGCAAGAAGUCGGUCCCAUGGAGGUGUUAGACAUGGUCGCCUACAAAUUUGAACACUUACCAACAGUGCGACAUUUGAAGGGCAAUUGGUUGGCUUAUUGGCGCCAUGAAAUCAGUCGUUCGGACAAGGAUACCAUGUUGAAUUUAAAACAAAUCAAAUUGCAAUCUUUCGGUGGACACACAAAUUCAGUGCGUUCAAUUUUGGCAUUGGACAACGAGAACAGUUUCAUUUCGGCUUCGAAGGAUAAAACCGUUAAACUAUGGUCGUUACGCAGCGAAGGCGACGGACGCAAGAUGACCUCCUGUCAAUUCACCUACACAGCACACAAAAAAUCCAUUCACUCACUUGCUUUCCUAGAAGCCUCCCGCCUUGUGGUCUCCUGCGAUUCCGGUGUACAUAUCUGGGAUCCGUUCAUCGGACGUCCGUUGGGUGUACUCGAUGCGCCCAAACACAAUCCAAUAACCGUUGUUAAAGCACUGCCCUCACCAAGUCCACUUAUUUUGGCCGGCACCGCUGAAUCUUCGGUGAAAAUAAUCGAUACACGUUGCAUGCAAUACGUGAACGAGUGGCGUGUGAGCAACGGCGCAACGCAGGGCAAUGCCACAGUACGUUGCUUGACGGUUGCACCAUCGGGCAAUUGGCUAGCCGUAGGAUUAUCCUCGGGCAGUAUUGUGAUGUUGGAUACCCGUACGGGUUGCAUAUUAAAUGCUUGGCGUCCCAUGGAAUGCGAUUUGUUGCAGUUAGCGGCACCUAACGAUCAGCAGUUGAUCAGCUCAGCACUGGACCACAGCUUGGCGGUUUGGCAUGCCACAGAUGGUAUAUUACACUAUCAGCUCAAACCACCCGCCGAGCCAGCGCACUUCCUCCAAACCAUCGAAUCUGAGUUGAUUUAUGCGACCACAGGGAAUCGUAUCGGUAUUUAUGCGGACAUUGGCAGUUCUCACGCCACGCACACAGUGACAAAAUUGCGCGCAGAAACAUUCCGUGGUGUGCUCACAUCGUUGGCGGUUUUACCCUUGAAUCGCACCUUUUUAGCCGGCAAUGAAAGUGGAAAUAUUGUGCUUUUAUGUUAGUUCGUAAAUGUUUUUAAAUACACAAAAACGAAAAUCAAGUUUUGAUUUGCAAAAUUAACCAAACAAAAAUCGAAAUUAUUAGCACUUUUAUGUAAGUACUAUACAUACUUACAUAUUUGGUAAAGGUAGUACUCAGUAGUAUUUGUUUGUUAUUGUUUAAGUGUGUAUUUUUUCUUUAUAAAAAAAACCAAA